CCUAACAAAGUAAAAACAAAAUCACACAGCAUCCAAUUUUAUUCACACUUGAAAGCCACUCUUCCCAAAGAACCAAAGCAAAAUGGCACUCAGCAACAAUGUGAUCGGAGGCAUAAACCUAGUGGCGGUGAUACUCUCAAUCCCCAUAAUCGGCGCCGGCAUAUGGCUAACAAACGAGCCAGCAGACUCGUGCGUCAAGUUCCUCCUGAUAUCGUACCUGGUAGCCAUGCUCGUGCUCAUAGUGUUGCUGGUCAUCAUGGUGGUGUUUGUGUACAUGGUCACCAUUCGUGGCCAUGGAGUGAUAGAACCCAACCGUGCUUACUUGGAGUACCAUCUGGACGAUUUCUCUUCGUUCCUAAGAAGACGGGUGAGAAGCUCCUUCAAAUGGGACCAGAUCAGAGCCUGCCUGAGCUCCAGUAACAUGUGUGCCGACCUCAAUCAGAGAUUCCGAAUGCCUCAGGAUUUCUUCAAUGCACAUCUUACACCAAUGCAGUCAGGGUGUUGUAAGCCCCCAACACUAUGUGGGUACACAUUUGUGAAUCCAACUUAUUGGAUAAGCCCGAUAAACAGUGCGGAGGACAUGGAUUGCCUUCAGUGGAGCAACGACCAAACACAACUUUGCUAUGCGUGUGACUCCUGCAAGGCUGGUUUGUUGGCUCAUCUCAGGAAGGAGUGGAAGAGGGCCAAUGUCAUUUUGAUCAUCACCAUAGUUGCAUUAAUCAUCAUAUAUUUGGUUGGCUUUUGUGCUUUUAGAAAUGCUAACACUGAGGAUCUCUUCCGCAGAUACAAACAAGGCUAUACUUAGAACAUCAUGUUACUAUUUACUCUUUCUAUUAGUUGCUAGCAUUUGUGUUGAUUCCAACUUGAGAGUUGAAAACUGAAGCAAAAGGUUUCAAGGGUUCGGCUAGAUUUGCGGAGAGCACCGAAAGCUUCAUGUCUCGGGAUUCUCAAUAUGUCUAUCAUUAUUAGCAAGUAACUUUUAAUGGAGCUUUUUCACAUGUUGUCCUAAGCUUUAUCCAAGCCAAUAACUGUUUUAAGUUUAAUAAUCCUAUAGAUUAUGAACCUUUAGAUAUUACCAUGUAUUAUUAGAUCUUCAGGAAACUCUUAUAUAUGUGGCAUCGAUCUUUUAUGCUUAAAAUCAAUUAGAAAACCAUUGAAUUUUUUUUUCAGUUAA